AUGACGCAGGAGUUGGAAAGGCCUUUGGAUUUUCACUCCCAACAAUUUCGUCUUUUUACACUCUCGCCUUCAGAUGAUAUAGAUUCCCCCAUUGAAGGCUCCAUACAGAGAACGGACUUCAAUGAUGCAACUCCUUUCGAAGUUUUGUCUUACGUGCGCGAGAGCUCCAAACUUAUGAAUCUGAUAUACAUUGACCAGGAGGCCGUGCUCGUUCCGGCGAAUGUCGGAGCCGCUCUUCGUAGGUUGCGCUACCACAAUGAGCCCCGACAUCUCUGGGUCGACUUUAUUUGUGUAGACCAGCGGUCCCUGUCUGAGCGCUCCUUUUAUAUCAGGUUUAUGAAGACGAUAUUGAGGAAGUGCGUUCGCGUGUUGGUUUGGCUUGGGCCAAACCUCACUCCACCAGGCGAGCCUUCAACGGCAAGCGAAGAAGAUGUUGGGAAAGGCCUGCAGCUGAUGGAGAGAAUCUGCAACAAGGAUCCUUCAUUGCUUCAAGAUUUAGAGCUGUAUGGCCUCGAGUUGUAUCGACCGUAUCGAGCUGCGGGCGGGAUUACCGACCCGGAACUUGAAGCAAAAGUUGAUCUCCACGUCACGAGGCUCGUGACCAUGGAGCAGCAGCAGGACUUGGAAAAUGCUCUUCAAACCCCACCUGCAUGGAAGGAUUUGUGGACUAUCCGGGAUAUCUGUCUUGCGCCGCAAGUUCACCUCUUUGCAGGCUCACACGUUGUGGACUGGGCUAAAAUUGAAGAUUUCCUGGGCGACGUUUCAUACGCAAAGACAAUCUAUGGGCAAGACUACAUCUGGGGAAAGGUUUGGAUAUUGUCCCUCAUGAUGAAGAUGGUCGCCAAAAUUUACCACCAGAGACAGACCAUGAGAAAUGUUCUUGCAGGGUCAGUAGUGCAGUCAGAGCAGUCACUGCUAGCAGUGAUGGAACAAUUCCGUUUUGUUGAGACGGCGGACUCGAGGGACCUUAUUCACAGCAUGAUAAACCUUGCCACGGACAUGGAUGAUUUCAAGAUCGACUACGGAGACUCCCCUGGAAGAUUAUUCUCAAAUCUGACAGAGCUACUCAUCAAUCGCGAUGAGAACUUGUACGUGAUAUCUCAGGGUCCUUGGAGGUCUUUCUCAGCCCCCACGCUUCAUUACGGCUAUGGUUACUCCAUUAGCAGCCCAACAGGGGAGAAGCCUUCUUGGGUCGCUAACUUUCAAAAAAACUCCAUUGAGUAUGGGCGGCUGUUUCCAGACAAUUGUCCCUAUAAAUCUGGGCGGCCUUCCUGCGAGGUGCCAAUCCGUGUAAUCGACGGCAAGGUACUUGUUGCCAAGGGUGUAAAGCUCGGGCGUGUGGGAAAGAUCAAACAAUCCGACUACGAUUACCAAAAGGGGAUGGAAUGGAUUAACCCCGAGGGCGGGCCACGAGCUAUGAGAAAAGAUAGCCUGCCUAUGGAAUACCUUGAUCUGUACCUUGACCGGGCGGUUCUGACGGAAUCAGACGCAACAGCUCAGGAAUACGUUACUGGCGAAUCUUGCAUCAGGGCCUUCUGGCGCACUUUGGUGAUGGACUGCAAUUCACAUCCUACGAUUCGACUCUCGGCGCAACAGAUCGAAUCGGAAGACGCUAUUGUGCGUGCAGAGUGGUCUCGGAGGAUACUCGACAUGGAAACCCAUGGCUCAGGUUCGGUAAAGGAGCCAUGCUUUUCUGAUCGUAAAAUCAACGAGUUGUGGGAUGAUGUGUAUUUCAAUUGGACAUUUAGCAUGACUGAAAAUGGCUUGUACGUUAUGCUUGCUCCUCCAGCUAGGGAGGGGGACAUCAUCGCGUGUUUGGAUGGCUGUCAGAUGCCACUGGUACUUCGUCCAACAGAAGGAGUCAAGGAACAUUUGGAAAUUGUUACAUACGCUUAUGUACAUGGCUUCAUGGACGGAGAAGCUACCAAUUCAUUGGUUCUGCAGGAGAAGCUGAGAUUACAGGAGCAGGAGAUCUGGUUUAUCGCUGAAAGCGACCUCAUAUGGGACUAUGAAUUCGGUGGAGGAUGA